GUCAUCUGUUGUCGUCAGCUACUUUCCCCCGUGAAAGUUUAAUUAAAGUUUUAUUGAAGUGACACUUGAAUAUAAGACUAAUAUGUUAUAAACUAAGAAGGGAGAUCCAAGUUAAAGGUUCAUGACAUAAGUGAGGAGUGAGAGAGUGACCCGGGCGCCUCCAUCAAUACACUACAGAUAAACCUUCUCUCAACUCCUGCAUUAAUUCUGUUACUUUUGUCUAAGAUAUUUUAUGUGAAAUCAUUGCCGGGAAUAGUUAAGAAUCUAAUAGUAUAUGAGUUGAGUAUGGCGUGGAUGGCCUAGGUGUGGAGCAUCAUCAUCACCUCUGUCAACGAUGAUCAUAGAGAGUCCUGAUUUACUGAAGCAGUGGUUGACUGGCUAUUUAGCCCCACUGUGUGAUGCUGACCCUGAAGCACUGGCCAAGUAUUGUCUUGCUUUGGUUCGUAAAGACCGUCCAGUGUCUGAACUGAAGGCUAGUAUGAUUGAGCAACUGGAUGUAUUCCUCCAAUCAAACACAAAAUCCUUCGUAGACAAGUUUCUUCAGGUAACAACAGCACGAUCUUACUUACCAAAAAGAUCUGCUCCAUCCUCCUCCUCCUCCACCUCCAACACCUUCACCCUUGAUACUUCAUCUACUAGUUUCAACAGCACUACUGAAGGUGGACCUCCACCAUUACCCCCAACUCCUGCCAUUAAGCAAUCUUCUGGUCACUCUCCUGAUUCCACAACUCCCCCUAAUGCUGUACCACCUCCUGCUUCAUCCUCAACUACUGUACAACCUGCUCCACCUCCUCCUCCACCAAGCUCUGCUGUUGUUGCUCCUCCUCCUCCUCCUCCUCCACCCCCAGAAUCUGCCCCACCUCCACCUCCAGCAUCCGUUGUCACUCGCAAAGAAGAAGUGUCAUUGUCUCAGCGCUUAAGAAAGUCAGAUUCUGACCGAGAUCGAGAUGACAGACGAGGUAGAAGAAUAUCACCGUCUCGGGGAAGGUCACGAUCAAGAUCUCGGUCAGGUUCAAGAAGUAGAGAAAGGUCUCGAAGGUCGCGGUCAAGAGGCCGAAGUGGUCGUAGCAAAUAUGAUGAUAGGAGAAGAAGAUCUCCUCUAACAAAAAGGUAUCGACGUUCUCGCACGAGGUCACGUAGUCGUAGUCCGAGGCGCUCAAGAAGUCCUCGUCGAUCUAGGUCUCGUGAGAGAAAGUCUAGAUCUAGAAACAGAUCUCGUUCCCUCAGCCCAAGAAACAGCAGACCUGCCCGAGGAAGAUCACCUCCUCCACUUCCAAGAUCACCCAGUCCAUCCAGAAAGUCAAAAUCAAUUCCAAGGGAUGAAAAGCAUGAGUCCCCCCAUGGAGCAUCACCUGUAGCUGAUGCAAAACUGGAGCCAAGGAGUGAACCAAGUUCUAUCAUCCAAAGUGUGGUUGCUGUCAAACAUCCUGAAUUUUCCCUGCCACCAACUGGGAAGAAACAGAGAUGUCGGGACUAUGAUGAAAAGGGCUAUUGUAUGCGUGGAGACAUGUGCUCCUUUGACCAUGGCUCUGACCCAGUAGUGCUUGAAGGUAUUAGUGGAGUGUUGGACUUCCCUCCCCCUCCUGUACCUGGUGGCCCACCCACUGCACCUGGCUACACCCCAGCACCAGCACCACCCCAGGGUGUCCCUGCACCUCGCCAUCCUCCUCCAAGACAUCCUCAGUAUGUAUCCACAGGUGAAUACACCCCACGUGACCCAAGUCUGUGGGUUGGCCAAGGCAGCCCAAACACUGGGCCCUAUUAUGGUGGUAAUGGUGGGCAGGGUAGAGGAGGUGGUAGUGUGGGGCCCAGGUUCUCGGCUCCACCACCACCCCUGCCCACUAGUACAUCUCGGGAACUAAUUAGCGUUCCUGUUAACAAUGGAGGCCACAUGGGGGCUGGUGGUGGUGUUCGUCCUUCUUUAGCAAAGCGUCUGGGUCCGGUUGUACCCACUUCUCACAAUUUGUCUUUAAUCUCCAAGCCUGGACGGCCAGACCUUGAUAGCUGCACCCUCGAACUCAGAAAGAUUCCUUCAGGUCUCAAUACUAUUGCACACCUGAAUGACCAUUUUGCAAAGUUUGGGACUGUAGUUAAUAUACAGGUUCACCAUGAUGGUAAUCCGGAAAAUGCCCUAGUGACCUUCAACAGCCACUCAGAAGCUAAUGCUGCCUAUCGUAGUACUGAGGCUGUUCUCAACAAUCGAUUUAUAAAACUAUUUUGGCACAAUCCACAGAGCAAAGUUGAUCGAGGACCUACUUAUGCUUCCCACCCUGUCAGGCCAGUACAUGAUAGGUUAGGUGUACGACAUCCAAACAAAACUCUCAACAAGACAAUUGUUGAACCAGUCAAUGAGGAUAAAAAUGAGAAGGUGAUGAUGUCACGUGGCAGCCUAGUCAAGACUGUUUACAAUACCCAUGCUCUCCAUUCCGCUGCUGCAACUGCUAUAAAUGCUUCUACUUAUGCUCCACCUACACCAGGAAGUGUCACACCUACCUCUCUUGUAUCUGGAUCCCAUUCCAUUCCAACUGCAGCUGGAGCUGUCACACCCAAUUCACCCACAGCUGGUCCACCCUCCUUGUCAGCAAUUGUUCCUGAUUCUACACUUGCUGCUAUUGACACAAAGAGGCAGGAAAUUGAUGCCAUUCUAAAACAGCGAGAACUCAUGGCUGCUGAGGUGGCAGCCAAGCACAAAGUUGAUAAACAGAAGGCUGAUGCACUGAAGCUCAGAUCUGAGGUUGAGCAGCGAAAGAGACAGUUGAUAGAAAAACAGAUGCAGCAACUGAAGGUACUAGUGAAUAAACUAGAGACCAACAAAGCUUCAAUGAAGGGAGAAGAGAAAAAAGUUUUAUUAGACACUAUUAAAUCACUUCAGGCAGCCAUAGAUACCACAAAGUCACAGUUGGUUGCUGGGGAGGUACCCAAAAGUAAGGUUCAGGUGGACCGAGAAAUCCUGGACACAGAACUAGAACUGUACACUGUACAAGCAGAAGGUGGAGAUAUUACUAAACUGAGAAUGCGACUCAACCAACUACGAGCACAACAGCAAGCAGCAGGGUAUCCCCCUUCACGUUCUGUCAGACACAAUCCUUAUGGCUCUGGAAGGGGUGGUCACUAUGGAUGUGGCCGUGGACGUGGGGCCAGUAGCUUAGGACGUGGGGGGUCCCGAGGCCGAGGCAGAGGUGCCCGAGGCUUUGGUCAUUCCUUUUCAUCCGUAGACAGGCGUACCACCAAGAUCAAUGCCUCAGGAUUUGAGAGAGAAGACAAAGAAGAAGUUUUGGCUCAUUUUAGUACUUUAGGCAAGAUAAACAAUUAUAUAUGGGAUGGACAAACUCCUGCAGUUACCCUUCAAUAUUCAACCCGACGGGAGGCAGAGAAGGCCAUGAGUGAGGGACGGACACUUGGAGACCGCCUCCUCACCAUUACCUGGGCCUUUGAUAUCCCUCUAGCCUUGCCCUCACAGCCCACAUCAAGUGUGGCAGGAUCUCAUCAUGUAGCACCACACACUUACACCAGUGUUGCCCCACACUCUACCACCCCAUUACUUUCCCCGGACGACACACUGGUGAGUGGUGUUGGGCAUGUGAUGGGUUUCCACAUGUAUACAGAGGAGAUCACUGAAGAAAUAGUGGAGGAAGUGGAAACAGAAGAGGGAGAACAACCAGUUCUGUUUGAAGAGGAAGAAGAGGAAGUAGAAGAGGAUGAGGAAGAAGUUAGAUCUUGGAGGAGGUAGAUAUGACCUAAUGGUGGAGAGUGGAAGACAGUAGUAGGAAUACAGAGAACACCAUUUUAUAGGUUUGAAAAUACAAGACGAGACAGUGUAUGGGUUAAGCAAAAGUGAUAAAUAGGAAUAAGCAGGAACUUUGUAAAAGAAGUUUGUGAAAUUUGAAAUGUAAGGUAAAACUAGUAAUAAAGUGAUAAGUAGGCAUAUAAGGAACCUCAUUAGAGGUGUUUGUUUAACUGUUUGAAUAAGAAUAACCAGCAGGAUCUAUUACUGAUCCUGAUGAGCUUAUAUUAUCAUCUGUUCCCGAUCACUCAUCAUAUUGUUGCUUGACACAGUUGUUUUUUCUGUAGUGUUAAUUUAUGUCAAAGCCAAAUUUGGUGAAUUAGUAAUUAAUGUAGUGUGUGUUGUGUAUAUACCUGUAGAUUAACACUGUUUGACAAAGAAUCAUUCAUAAUUCCAAAGCUGACUUAUACCGGUAUGACUGAGCUUACAAAAAUCUGUCUUUAUCAUUUAUUGACGUACAAUGUGCAGUAGUGAGUAGCAAGUGUGACCAUAGAGUUAACAGAAUUGGUAAUUGAUUUUCAGUUUUGUUUUUAAAUGUUUCCUUAAGAAUUAUUUACGUAUACAGGCAUUCAUCGACUUACUACCUACUCGACUUACGACCACCCGGACAUACGACCGUUGCAGUCGUACAAAAUAGUUUUCAAAUUACGUAUUUUCAAGUCCCGACGUUAGUGUACCCUGUACUGACAAAAUUUUCAUUGU